ACUUACGAUACAAUUAGUUAUUUUUGUUAUAAACAUUAUUCUUCAAAUGAGCCUCUACUCAUAAUUAAUCACAACUUCCUAACAUUCAAAAUCCCUAAAUCUACUAAAACGAAAUUCACUAUUCACAGUAAACACCGCCGGAUUUCUUUCGCCAGCAGCCCAGGUAUGUUAUCUCAACUCUGGUUUACUGAAUCCAAUACAUGUGUUCUUUUUCUUUUCGAAUACAAAUUUGCAAUGUUUGCUUAUUUGCUAUUGUCAAAAUGGAAUCACAAUUAGUUGAAUCAGUUGAAAAUAUCAUAAGAUAAGAGAAGAUUAGGAGUCUAUGACAGUGACACUGUGAUUGCGCGAUUACUGAAACUUCUCUACAAGCAGCGAGGCCGAUUUCUUUCAAUGAAUUUUUAUUUUUUCAAUAAAAUAGACUUGAGCUGAAUUCUUCUGUUUGUGUUUGUUUUGAAGGAUCAAUAAUUAAUCCUUCUCAACUUAUUGAUUGAAGGGAAACGUCUUCCCAGCUGAGUUUCUUUUUGAACCGAUCUUGAGCUCUCUCUUUUUUUUUUUGGUUUUUCUGAUUAAUAUGAUCAAAUGUCCCAGGUUAAGAAAUAAUUAUAGUAGCAAUAUUGUAAUUGUGUAAGCCACCAAACGCGGAAAGACCUCAUGGAUGAUGGAUCCAUAUACUCAUCACUAUGUAAAGAUGAAAUUAAUUUCAUCAAGAUUUUUGGUCUCUUCCUUGUUAAGUUUUAGUUUUAGUGUAAAAUUAUUUGACUUGAAAGAUAUCACAUUCUUCCCUUUAAAUCAAAGGGUGCAUUGGAAAAUCAAGACGAGCUCAUUUCAUGAAAUGUGAGGAUUGAAUCAGAAAGUCGAUCACAACAAACAAAGAUUAGAAGAGAUAUAGAAAAAGGUUUGGUUCAAGCAGAAACAUGUCGGAGGCUCUCCUCUUAUCGGUGAUACAGAAGCUAGACAUUAAUUAUGGAGAUGACACGAAAACAAAGGAGAUUAUAAAAGAGCAAAUGGAAAGGGUAAUUAAAGAUAUGAGAGAGAUUGUGGAUAUUGUGAGGGAUAAGAAAUUGGAAGAGGGGAGAAGCCUAAAUUUUUUGGUAUCUGACCUUGUCGACAUGGCUGACGAUGCUCUCGACCUUUGCAAACAACACGUAACAUAUUAUAGAGACUAUGAGUCCAUCCAUAGUUGGAUCGGAGAGAUCAAAAAGCAGAUACUUAAACUGGGAGAUAAUGGGGUGGAGACAGAGUCCAACAUCAGAUCAUCAGAAAAUGUUGAUGCGGUGGGCUUGGAGGAAGAUGUGCAAAUGCUGCUUCGCAAAAGGAUUAUUGGUGGGGAAGAUGACCUGAAGACUAUUCUUAUCAAAGGGAUGUGUGGUAGUGGAAAGACAACUCUUGCCAGAGAGAUAUACAAUCAUGCAACCGUCAUUGAGCGAUUCGAGCAUCGUGCUUGGGUAUCUAAUUCUACUUACUUCACUCUUAAAGAGCUACUUUUCAAACUAAUACAACAGGUAGAUCCUCAGAAUCUCCAUACAUCUUCCUUAUUGGAGAAUAUGGACAAUCGAAGGCUUCGAGAUAUGCUUUGUCAACACCUGCAAGGAACGCGAUAUUUUAUAGUUCUCGAUGACAUGCCCAAACAAAUGCACUUGGAGUCUUUCUUGGAAGCUCUUCCAGAUGAAGACAAUAGAAGUAGAUUGCUCCUCACAAGUCACACGAUCCAUAAGGACAUAGACGUAGACAACGAAGAUGUUCAUGAGAUGAAAUUUUUGGAUUCUGAGAAGAGCUGGCAAUUGUUCUUGAAAACAAUAAACCAUGGCAAUAAAUUGACGGGUGAACACAAAUUCCCAAAGUCCUUGGAGCAUAUGGGAAAACAAAUGUUGAGAAAAUGUGACGGUCUGCCAUUAGCUAUAAAAGAGGUGGGAAAGCAGUUAGCAGAAAAGAAAGUCUCAACCGGGAAAGAAUGGGAGCAACUUCUUGAAUCAGUUGAUUUUGGUUCAACACUGAAGUUAUUGGAACCAUUUUAUCAUAAAUUGGAUCCCAAACUUGAUUCAUGUUUCAUGUAUAUGUCCUUCUUUAAGCAAAGUACAACUUUGAGGGAGGAAAAAUUGAGAGAGAUUUGGGUUGCUGGAGGAGUGGUUUCAACAUCUAACUAUAAAUCAUAUUUAGAUGGUUUAAUCAAUGAAUCUGUUAUUCAAGUCCAGGACAAGCGCACGGCGUAUCGCAUGAAUGCUCUGCUACACAUGCUAUCCAUCCAAAAAGCUGAGGAGAAACUAGGUUUGGAGAUCCUAAGGAACAAUGAAAAUAAUCUUCCUCCUCAGAGUCCUCGUCAUCAUCGUGUUAUCAUUUGUAGCAGAGACAAGUUCAACUACUCCACGGAUCAAGAUAAACAUCUUGUUUCUCUCUUCUUCCAUGGAGGUGGCUACUUGGACACUAGUCCGUCUUAUUGGAAGAGCUUUGAACAACUUAAGAUACUUGACUUUGAAGAUUUUGGGUUGAAGAUUUUACCGGAAAGUAUUGGCACAUUGAUUGAAUUACGAUACUUGGGAUUGAGAAACAAUUACAUACAAGAGCUCCCAGACUCGUUGGGGUGCUUGAAAAAGCUUGAGGUUUUUGACAUAGCUCAAAACUUUAUGGUGGAGGUGCCAGAUAUUGUAUGGGAAUUGUGUAGCCUUCGCCACUUCUACUUAUCUAAUUUGAUUUGCAGGAAGCCUUUGAAGAUAGACACGCUACCUAACCUGGAGACCUUAACCUACGUCUCGGUUGAUAAUUGGACAUAUGAGCUCUCGAUCUCAAAUAUGUCUACUUCUCUUAAGAAAUUGGGCAUACAAGAAUUGGAUGAAAACUCAGAUGUAAGCAAGCUCUUUGUGUCAUUGGCUAUGGUGGAGAGUCUUAAACACCUAAUCUUAAGAGGGUAUCGUUUCAGAAGCAUGCCUUGUUUGGACGAGCUUGGUAUUAUAAAGAGGCUCGAUACACUCAAAUUGGAUGGACUCCUUGUUAGGCUUCCAAGAAGUUUCCCUCGAUAUCUUAAAUCAUUGACGUUGGUUAAUAGUUGUCUUGAUGAAGAUCCCAUGCCACUACUAGGAAAGUUGUCCAAUCUAAAAUACCUCAAAUUGCGGAACGCAUACACUGGUCAACAAAUGGUGAUCUUGCACAGCGGCUUCCCUCGUCUCAAAGUCUUGUUCAUCGAAGAGUUGUGGAAUCUGAGAAAUGUACAAUGUGGAAAAGGUGCAAUGCGUUGGCUCCAGAGAUUAGAAAUCCACGAUUGUCCAGAUCUGGAUACCCUCCCGGAAGAGAUUGUGUCGUUCAAAUUUUUGAAGGAGAUAAAGAUGGUGACAACCAAAAUCAUUGCAGCAAAGAUCAAGAAUUCUGACUUAAUCUCCGAAAUAAUGAUUGUGAAUCUCAAUCCAUGAGCUAGCGCAAUUGUCUACAUUAUUGUUACGUACGUUUUGCUUGUUUGCAUUAAUUUUAGAAGUUUCUACCUUGAUGGUUGUGUGUUUGUAAAUGACAUUUAGUUGUGACAAUUGUGUAUUCCUCAUAUGACAUAUCUUUCUAUUUGGAUGGCUAUUGUAUCCUC